AUGACUAUGUUUUUGAUGAUGAUCGGCCAUAAUCAACGUUACGUGAUUAUCAAGCGGAGAUUUCAACACUCGAAGCAAACAGUUCAUAAAUUAUUUUAUGAAGUGUUGGACAAAAUGAUGCUUUUCGCACAAGAUGUUAUAGUACCAACUUCUUUUAAUCCGAAUCCAAAUAUUCCAGGACAUAAUAGGAGGCUACGACGGAUUUUCAAAGGGGCGGUUGGUGCACUUGAUGGCACUUUGAUACAUGUUGUUGUCCCUGCUAAGAAACAAGACUUAUAUAGAAGUAGGGGAAAGGGAGAUUGCUACCAAAACGUAUUGGCAAUUUGUGACUUCAAUAUGAUGUUUACAUUUGUUGUGGCCGGGUGGGAAGGAGUAGCGCAUAACUCUAGAAUAUUAUCAGAAGCAAUAACCGAUCCACAAGCAUCAUUCCCGUUUCCACCACCCGACAAGUAUUAUCUUUGUGAUGCCGCGUAUGCACACACUCGAGGAUUUAUGGCCCCUUAUCGUAAUGUGAGGAGAGAAGGACUGAGUGAUGAGUAUUUUGCACGAUACGAUGAACCCAAUGUCUCGUUUCGGAAUAACAAUGUGGUCGUUGAUGAUGAUGAAGACGAGAUUCCAACACAUGGUACUGCAGCAGACCGUGAAUAUAUGACUCAGUUACGGGAUGAAAUUGCUGAUCAGUUGAUGCACAAUAUAGAUUGA